AUGGCAACCGAAAACAGCCCACCAGCGGCAGCGUCGCGUCCUGUGGAUUUUGUCGACGACUUGUUCGACUAUGAUGUAGGCCUGGAUGGCAUCCUUCAGGAAAUCAGCACCAAUACAAGCACUGCAAACGCGCCAAAGCAAACAGCUCCGCCGGACAACUCGGGAGUUGUCCUGGGAUUAGACGAUGAGGUCAAAGUUGCGAAGAAGCGACAGCCUGUGCCAAAAUUGGACGAAAACAGGUUACUCACACAAGCUGGAAUCCCCAAAUUACGGCGCUCAGCUAAAAGGAAUCUAAAGUUCAAGGGCAAAGGACACGAGUUCUCUGACUUGGCUCGCCUCCUAAAUUUCUACCAACUAUGGCUUGAUGACCUAUUCCCUCGAGCAAAAUUCGCCGAUGGCCUAGCCAUGAUAGAACGACUUGGGCAUUCUAAACGCAUACAGACGAUGCGACGUGCAUGGAUAGACGAAGAAAAGCCAAAGACCACAGGCGACGAUGAUGACAUCUUGGACAAUGACACAUCUGCACCAACAACCACAUUACCGACAGGUCAAGUAGUUAUCGACCAAUUCGAUGCACGGCCAGUGCAGUUAGAUGACAUGGAUGACGAUUUGUUCAUGCCGGACGAGGGUAAUGAGCAACGACCAGCUAACGCUGACGGUGCGCCGUUGGAAGAUGCCGACCUGGACGAGCUGGACGCACUCUUGAAGGAGCAUGAGAGUGAGCCACGACCAGCCAAUGCUGGCGCCGCUCCCCUAGAAGAGGAUGAUUUUGAUGAACUGGACGCUCUGUUGAGGGAACACGAAGAUGAAGCUAGGCCUGAGAGUACUACCUCGAAGCAGGUGACGCGCGAUGCGAUCGAGACCGAGAGCCAUGCGGACAAGCUAGAAGCCAUGGAUGAAUUAGAGAUACCCCAAUAA